CACAUUUGUAAUUUGUAGGUGAGUUUUUUAGUAAUAUCAUAUCACCUAUAUAAAAAAUAAAAUUUGACAAAAAUGCCAGGAGAGUUGCGUAGAAGCGGGCUGCCGGUAAUUUUUCGGUUAAAUACAAAUGGAGGGGUUGUGCGCUAUUGCGUCGUAUCGAGUUUAGAAAGCGAAACGACUUAAAGACGGUGUCGUUUGUGUUUGAACUUAGUUGAAGAACAAUCUUUAAUCUUUCCCUUUCCCAAUCAGAGAAGCAGUAAGGUACAAAAAUGGCAGACGAUUUGUUUGAAGGAUUACCCCCUCCUUCUUCCAACACUCACUACCAACAAUCACAGUCACAAUCACAACAACCAAUUCCUUCUGUUUCCACCAUCAACAAUACAGAAUCAUCUGCAAUUCCCUCCGCACCAAAGCCAAUUCUCAAAAGUGCCCUCAAACGACCCAACCCUACUCAAUCCGAUACCCAAGAGGCAGCACCUAAAAAGAGCUUGAAGUUUAAAACCUCUACUGAUGCUUCUGAAGCGCAAGUUAUUGAGGCAAUGCAGAAGAUAUCUUCACACAUCAAGAACCCUGCAAAAUUCAGCAAGGCUGCAAAGCUUGCCAUCCAGCUGAUUGAGGCAGGAAGUGUUAAGUCUGGCGUUAGUGAUUAUUUUUUUGCCAUAUUAGAAGCUGCGAUGUCAUCACCCAUACCUUGUACAGAUCCUUCGGUGCGGGCAGAUUAUCAUUCUCUGUUAUCAGCAGCACAAAACACCAAAGAACACCUCAAUAAGAAGCAGAAGAAUCAACUAGCAGCAUGGACAAUUAAUGCUGUGGUCGCAAAUGAUUUGUUUACCGACGACAGCUUUGUGUUUUCAAAAGCAGCUGGGCAAAUCAAGGAAGCUAUAUCAAAUCUUCCUGUUGCGACAAAGGAGGAUGACACAGAAGAAGCAAUGUCUCUGGAAGAUAGAAAAGUUAUGGUAGAUGAAGGUGGUCAAACGCUUCCUACAAAUGAAAAUAAUGGUGUGGAGGAAGCUGACCCAUUUGGACUUGAUGCUCUGAUUCCGGAAUCCACAAAGAAAGGUGAAAAAUAUAAGGAAAAGAACGACCCAGCUAUGACAAUAAGGAAGGAAGACGAGGAAGAAACUAAGCGAUUCCUUAAGUUACAAAGAAAAGCCCUGAUAAUUUGUCUAGAGAUUGCUGCUCGGCGGUAUAAAACACCUUGGUGCCAAACCGUUAUUGAUAUUUUAGUGAAGCAUGCCUUUGAUAAUGUGGCAAGAUUUACAGCUCAUCAGAGAGAUGCGGUAGAGAAAUUGUGGGCUUCAAUACGAGAGCAACAAAUGCGUAGGAAACAAGGGAAGUCGGUUACUGGAAAACUUGAUGUAAAUGCGUUUGAAUGGCUUCAACAAAAAUAUGCUACCGAGAAGAUUAGCAUUCGGCAUUCUGUUGGAGCUAGUGGAGACCGUCGUGCCACACAGUGGCUUGGUUAAGUAUUCCUGUGACGUUUUCUACAGGAGGAUGAUGACGGUGAAUCAAUGGCAACUUCAAAAUGAUCAACAUGAGGAGAUUAAACAUUUUCGUCACUUCAUUGCUAGUGUUGUAACUUAUAAUAGGGCUCAGACAUCUCUCCUGACUGACUUUCCCCAAAAACAUUGUUAGAAACUUUAUAAAAUGUGAUUUUUUCCAUCUUUCUUCGUAAAUUGAAGUUACAAGUUAAA